GCGGAGCGAAGGAGACGUAGCCGCUUCUGGCCUGGCGGAACUGGGUUAAUAAAACAGCUGCUGCCGCCACUGCCACCACUGCUAUCACCAUCAACAACAACCAUUUUCAAAAACUGUGAAGAAGGAAAUUGACCCUGUAGAUUCCAUGCUUUCUGGAUCUAAUCUGGGACUUUUAAAGCACAGAAUUCCAGACCACCUGUAUAUCUUGUCUCUUAUUGUACAGUCUUCAUAUGUAUCACAAAAUUCUUGUGGCGAUUCAGCUACUCAUAGGAGGUAGUAGACAUGCACACAGAUCAUCUUCAGGAUAGAGAAUAUAGCAGGCAAAGGGCAGAAGGAAUGAAGCCAACAUUCACAAGUUUGAUGCAAAUAAUGUUGAUGAUUCCUCAUUCAGACCAAAGGGGUCCUCCUAUGGAUGGAUAACAAGUGGAGUGAUAAUUAUAGAUGAGAAAAGAGCCAGAUCAGCAGCUGCUGCUUGCGUUUGUUCCCUGCUGUAACUGACAGCAGUGGGGAACUUGGCAAAAACAGGCUUCCAGAAGUGGAAAGACACGUUAACCCCUGUGCUUGUCAGUCCACUCCUGUGAGAGCUCCAGAGCAAUUAAAGCCCUGAUAGGCUGUGUGCCUAAGGUGAAGAGGAGAACAAAGUGACCAGAAUGCUCCUUCACUGGGAACCCUGCAGGAACACAGAAGGCCCAACAUUGUAAUCUGUGGCUUAAUCACUAUAGCAGAAAGAAACAGCAGAGAAGAUGACAGUCACCUAUUCCAGUAAAGUUGCAAAUGCCACCUUCUUUGGGUUUCACAGACUGCUUAUCAAGUGGAAAGGAAGCAUCUACAAGCUGCUUUACAGGGAAUUUCUUCUCUUUGCUAGCCUUUAUACAUCAAUAAGCGUUUUGUACAGAUUUUUCCUUACAGGGAGCCAAAAACGGUACUUUGAAAAGCUGUCAAUUUACUGUGAUAGGUAUGCAGAACAAAUUCCAGUAACUUUUGUGCUUGGGUUCUACGUUACUUUGGUGGUUAACCGCUGGUGGAACCAGUUUGUCAAUCUACCAUGGCCGGACAGGCUUAUGUUCUUGAUCUCCAGUACUGUUGAAGGAAGAGAUGAAUAUGGCCGCUUACUCAGGAGAACUCUAAUGCGAUAUGUGAAUUUAACAUCCCUCCUCAUCUUUCGUUCAGUGAGCACAGCUGUCUAUAAAAGAUUUCCAACCACGGACCAUGUGGUGGAAGCAGGUUUUAUGACAGUAGAGGAAAGGAAAAUGUUUGAUAAUCUUCAGUCUCCCCAUCUUAAAUACUGGGUCCCGUUUAUCUGGUUUGGAAAUUUGGCCGCGAAAGCGCGAAAAGUUGGAAGGAUCAGAGACAGCGUAGAUUUGCAGACACUGAUGCAUGAGAUGAAUAAGUAUCGAUCAUGGUGCAGCCUGCUAUUUGGUUAUGACUGGGUCGGAAUUCCACUAGUGUACACACAGGUUGUCACACUUGCUGUCUACACAUUCUUCUUCACAUGCCUGAUAGGACGCCAGUUUUUGGACCCUGAACAAAGCUAUCCAGGUCAUGAUUUAGAUCUUUACAUUCCAGUCUUCACAUUGUUACAGUUUUUCUUCUAUGCAGGAUGGCUAAAGGUUGCUGAACAGCUUAUUAACCCAUUUGGUGAAGAUGAUGAUGAUUUUGAAACAAAUUGGUGCAUUGAUAGAAAUCUGCAGGUCUCACUUCUAGCUGUGGAUGAAAUGCAUAUGAAUUUACCAAAAAUGAAAAAAGAUAUCUAUUGGGAUGAUUCUUCAGCCCGCCCACCAUAUACCCUAGCAGCUGCAGAUUACUGCAUUCCCUCUUUCCUUGGAUCAACUAUUGAAAUGGGUCUGGCAGACAGCCAAUUCCUCCGUGGAGACAACUGGCAGUGGGAUGAGGAUAAACCCAAAAGGCAGAAUUCAGUGUUGAGAAAAGUGAAACGCUUUCUGAGUGUCCGUGAAGGCUCCCCUUCUCCAACCAGGAGAACCUAUCAAAGACAGUCGAGUGAAAACUCUGUCUUUUUCCCUUCUCACGAAAUGCAUCACAUUGGAAAUUUGCAAGAGAUGCACUCUAGAGGGAGACCUUUCAUCUCAAAUGCCAAGAAAAACCAUGAAGGGCCUGACCGGAAUUUGAAAAUGCGUGGGAGUAUAGAUCUAGGAGUCAUCAGAGAAACCAGCAAGAACGAUGCCCUGGAGACAUGCUACCAGUCUAGUAUGGAUGCGAUUACAGCCAAAAUGGAUUCGCCUGUUUCUGAAAUGGUUACCAUUGAAACUGAGGACAAAGAAGCUGGGCCGGAUUCACCAGUAGACAACACUACCAAUGUCCUGACAGAAAAGGAUUCUGGCAGUCCAACUGAGUCAAAGACCAGCUUGGAGGGUCUCACACUGAUCCAUUGUAGGCCAUCCAACAGUCCUACUGAUUCUCUGGAAUCUCCUUUAGAAAUGGCAUCACUUAAAAUGGAAGCCGGACAAGAGGAUUCAUCUACAGAUGUAAAAGACAGACAGCAACCAGGUACUCCAGAUGAUCAAAUUCUGAGGUUCCCAAGUGUUCAUACUCACCAUGUGGUACCCAGCACACAAACUGCACCUCUUUUGACAGAGUCUGAAACAAUCUGUAGAAGAAGCAACUUAAGCACUGAAGACACUCCAGCAUCUAUUCCUACUGCUAUAAAUAAAAUUGACAUAAGCCACUUACUGAAAAAACUAGAUACCAAAGAAACUGAUAUCGUUGAGUUUAGUAGUGAGAAAAAUAAAGGACAUCUCUGACAAAUCAGAAAGUGUUUUGCUACUAUCUUGUGGCAUUCAGAAGGGUUAUUUUUAAGAGCAUGCCUAGGGACAAACAAAGCCCCUCAGACUAUAUCAUGCCACCAUGUGCUCUCAAUGUCUUCAUUUUAAUAAUGCAAUUCAAAAUGUUUGAAACCUA